AUGGCUUCCCGGAGAUCGUCACUGCAAUUUGUGCAAGACAAGACCACCGAAUUUGAUCUUGCAAAGAAAUUUGGACGUGGCGCUUGGGACUGCCAGACGGAUCCACCGGAGUAUUGGGACCGGGGUGGCCACAAGUCAAUCAAUUGUAUCCUCAGAUCGUCGAACAGGCCUACCAGUAACCAAAAACUUCGACCGCUCGUCGCUUUUGUUUUGUAUCUCGCCACAGUUUUGCACGAUGUUGGACUCUAUCCCCUGGCAUAUCUUACGGCAAAUAUGAACGGUUUGGAGGAAGACGUAGUUGUAAUCCUUGAGGCUGCUGGCCUUACCGACCCUGACGUCGAUGGCGUUCCUACAUUCGGACAAUGUACCCUCAAAAUCUUGCCUAUUGUUACUCCUCCAUCCGCCUCAAUCAUCCUACUUCGACCGUGUGCUUCUACUACCCUGUAUAAGUGGGCCAAGAAUCAGAAACCAGGACUAUGGAUGGGAGCUUGA